GAUAGUUCCCUCUUUGGUUUGAGAAAUUUUUUAUAACAAAAAUAGAAAAUAAUGCCCCAAAAGCGCUCAAAACCAAGCAACACAUACUAACAAAUCAAUAUCUGGACUCAUAAACUAACUAAGAGACGUCAGCGCAGUUGCGGGACACGUACAAAUCGAAAUUCAGCCUCUUAAAUUACGGCCCCGUCUGUGUGUGUGUGCUGUUUUCUCACACACAAUUUGCGCUGAGGCAGCAGCUGUAAUUCUUUGCAAUUAGCAACAAAACAGUAGCACAGCAGCAACAACAGGGAAUCGCAUUUCCCAGCUCCAACGACGACGGCAGCACUGACAUCCACAAAGCAAGCCCCAACUGGACUGCAUGCCCGACUUUCUGCCCAAAAAUUCUUUUCUUGUAGGGCAUUUUCGUGAUUUCUGCAUCCGGUCACAUUAAUAAAAAUUAGCGCGAUUUUCUUUGAAAAUAUUUGUUUAUUUUCUUUUGUUUCUCAAAUUAAACUUGAAUCACAUUCCGAAUCUGUUAAAAUGCAUUUCUACGAGAGCGCCUACGAUCUCAAGUUCUUCAACUAUACCGCUGACCAGAUAUCGUCCGAACGCGAGCAUCUGGUGCAAAGCAUCAUUGGCAAGGCCAUUGAAAAUGCUAUUAAAAAGAUAGAAACGCCGGCCACCUCGGCACUGCUGAGCUCGCAGAAGGAUGCGGUGAUGUGUCGCGUGCAGGCUGUCUCCAAGAAGAGCAUGAAAUCUCUACGUGAGCUGGACAAGAAAUACUUUCACAUUCCGCCGCAUGUGCUGCAGGCACAGGACUUUCACUUGGAGCAUCAAUACACUGCUCUGGAUGAGGAGAAAAAGAACGCACAGCUGGAGCAGCUGAAGAUGCGCUUUCGCGAGAAUCUGAUCACGCUGGCCAAAUUAGAGGCGGAGGGCAAGCACUAUGCUUCUGUGGCACAUAUUGUGGAGCAGGAAGCGGACAUGCACAAGCAGGUAUACGAAGAAUGUCCCUCCGUAAAUGUCUACAAGCUGACCAAAUUUGCCACACGCGUGGCCACCAUCGACACCGUUUGAAAUGGCUCUGAAAUUUGAUAUAACAUUUCCCUGUAAUUUUUCUAUUACACCACCCGAAAUUGUAUGAAUUGUAAAUAAGAAUAAUAGGAAUAGAGGAGAAUAUUUGCAGGAGA